UUAUGUUUCCAUUAAUAUGCGCUCAAUUUCUUAUUCUGUUUCUCACGUGUUCAGCGAGUAUCACAUUUCAGUAAUCUCAACUAUUGAUGUUGUCGGAGAGGAUCAUGCAUGCAGAGAGUGAGAGUUGAAAGAGAGUGAUAGUAUUUUUAGGCUACUGUGAGAAAGUGAAAGUUGAUUCUUCUUCACUGCGAUUAGAUCUAGAAUCUAGUUAUACUUGGCGCCAAUCGGAUUAAAGGACAAGAGAUUCUUCCGCAGUUUUUCCUACCAGAUCUAAUUUUUGUUUUCAAUACACUGGGACACUGGGUUCUUGAAAAGCUACUUCAUCAUGCCCCUUCCUCUGGACGUGGGUGUCCGUGCGGGAAUGGUGUACCUGGUCCUGGUUCUCGCCAUCCCCAUCCAGUACUAUCUCUCUAACCAGAUGUCCGUGCCAAGUACACAGAGGGAUGCCAAUUUAAAAAGACUGCUGAAGACUUUCUACCACUUCAAGAGCAAGUACUUGUCCCUGCCAUCUUGGAAACGUUGGUGCUGGAGCUGGUUUAAGAAGGCUGAAAGUUUAAGAACCGGACAGAAGUUUAUCAUCCUGGGCAAAGAUCCAGGAAAGGACAUGGGAGAGACACCGGCGAAAGAUGUCUUGACUUAUCGCAACCCUGAAGGGUACUUUGCCAAAUCAACAGAAGUUCGAUCGUAUCGACCCACUGAUGUAAAGUUUCGUGUUGGCCAAGUUGUCAAACACAAAAUCUGGGGAUACAGGGGAGUUAUCAUAGGCUGGGAUGCCAAGGCACAUGCUCCUGAGGAGUGGUUGAACAAAAUGCAUCCUCCAGAUAAAACACGGUGGCGAGACAUGCCCAACUAUUCCAUAUUGGUAGAUACACGAGACAGAGGUACACCCCAGUCCACGUACGUGCCUCAGGAAAAUAUAGAAGUCAUUUCUAAUUAUGAGAUACAGCAUCCUUUCAUCUGGGACUACUUUGAUUCCUUUGAUGGGGCCCUGUACAUCAUGAGGAAGGCUUUGAGAUAUUUUUACCCCAAAGAUGGAUGAUGUUGCCUUUUGGGUGUAGGACAGACAAACAGCUGGAAAUAUAAGGGCAUUUGUUUCUGCCUCAGAAGCGUUAAAUGUUUAUUUUUAAGUAAACAGAAUUGUUCAGUAAUGGGACAUUCACUUUCGGCUUAAUUCAUCUUGUGUAGAGAACUAGAAUCUGUUUUAAGGUUAGUUUAGGUUAAUGCCAAAUGUUUUGAGACAAAUAAAGAAAGAAAGGACUUUAGUUCUGAAGUCUCAAAAGUGAAAUGAAAGAAAGUGAUUUUGUCAAACGACAAGUCUUUGAGCUUCCCAAUCUGUUAUUUGUAAAACAACUGUAAAAUUGAAAUUGAAGAUUGUGAACCUGUGUAAUUGUUUUCUACCAUGACUGUCGGAGCUGUUAGUUGAUUGUUCAAAAUUCCUUCACCAUCUCAUCUAAAACAAAUGACAUUUGGUUUUGUUUCUAGUGCUGUUUUCUUGUUUUCUUUGCUAAGACGAAGUUUGCCAAAGUGAAGAGGUGGCAUUUGUUUGUUU